AUGAUCAAAUUAUUGGUUAUUCUGGUGGUGUUAACAGAAAUCUGUGGAACUGCUUCUGCCUACCGGCGGGUCUGCUACUAUACCAACUGGUCACAGUACAGAAACAGUAUUGGAAAAUUUUAUCCUGAAAAUGUGGAUCCAAAUUUAUGCACCCAUAUCGUCUACGCCUUCGCCAAACUCAAUGGAAAUCGUCUGGCACCAUUCGAGUGGAAUGACGAAAGCACGCCAUGGAUGAAGGGAAUGUAUGCACGUUUCAACAAUCUGAAGCAGCAAAAUCCCUCCCUGAAGACCCUUUUAGCUGUGGGUGGUUGGAAUAUGGCAUCCGCUCCAUUCACUAGAAUGGUAGCUACAGACGCCAGUCGCAGGGAGUUUGCCACCAGCACUGUCCAGUUCCUGAAGAAACACGGUUUUGACGGGCUUGACUUAGAUUGGGAAUAUCCCGCCAACAGAGGAAGUCCUCCACAAGACAAAAAUAACUUCGUUGAAUUGCUCAAGCUUCUACAUAAUACCUUUGCAAGUGAAGGGCUUUUAUUGACGAUUGCUGUUCCUGCUGGCAAAUCCAACAUCGAUACAGGAUAUGAUGUGCCUGCCAUUUCUAGGUAUGUUGACCAAUUGAACUUGAUGGCUUACGAUUUGCAUGGAGGUAGCUUCGAUAGCAAAACUGGACACAACAGUCCUUUGAAGAAACAUCCAUCAGAAACCGGAAAUGACGCAUACUUCAAUGUGGAAUUUGCAUUAAACUACUGGAUUCAAAAGGGGGCACCAGCUUCCAAAAUAAACCUCGGAAUGCCUCUAUACGGACGUUCUUUCACACUUGCCAGCACAAGCAACACAGGACUAUUUGCCCCCGACAGAGGAGCGGGAGGCAAUGCGGGUCCUUUUACUAGAGAGGCGGGAUAUUUAUCAUAUUAUGAGAUAUGCGAUAUACUGAAAACGGGAGGUGUUCGACAUUGGAUACCGGAAAUGGAGGUUCCUUAUGUAGUAAGAGGAGAUCAGUGGGUCGGUUACGACGACGAACAAAGUCUUCGGCUCAAGGUAGAUUUGGCCAAGAGUAAAGGUCUAGGUGGGAUAAUGGUCUGGGCUCUGGAUACUGACGAUUUUACCGGCAAAGAAUGCGGGAAAGGAAGAUACCCCUUACUUCAUGCCAUUAAUGAUGAACUCAACUCAGCUCAGCCUCAAACGUUUCUAGUUUUUUUUCUGCUUUACAACUUUGUUCUUAAAAGGACAACUCGAAGUCCCAUGACAACAACAACACAUAGAACGACAAGACAACAUCAACAAACAACUCACAUCAAUAUAUUCAAUCCAGUUACAACACACACUCAACGUCCUAUUCACACAAGCCAGUCAUUCAGCUGUAACACAAGAGCGAGUGGGUUUUACGCUGAUCCGACCUCCUGCACACACUACUAUAUUUGUGUGGGAGGCAGAAGUUUUGGUGUAGACUGCGCUAAUGGUCUUCACUUUAAUGAUGCCACCAAGUAUUGUGACUGGCCAAGAAAUGCUAACUGUCAGGUACAACAAUCUGUUCUAACAACUGCCAGAUCGACCUACGCUCCGAUCACAACAAAGCAACAAUGGCAGACGACAAGGCCUUUCUAUCACGUCAUCACAACUCGACCAACACAGGCAACUACCAUACCAAACUUAGGUGCAAAUGCAAAUGCUUUCUGCCAACAUAAAGCGGAUGGACUAUACCGUGACCCAGCGAACUGCGGAAUGUUUUAUCAGUGCGAUAUGAACUUAGGGUUCCACGAGCCGUGUCCUCCAGGACUAGUUUUUAAUGAACCUCUCGCUGAAUCCGUGGGAUAUCGACGGGUGUGUUACUAUACUAACUGGGCACAGUACAGGAAUGGACCCGCGAAAUUCUACCCAGAGAAUGUUGAUCCUACGCUCUGUACACAUGUCAUCUAUGCGUUUGCUAAAAUGAACGGAAACCAUCUGGCACCAUUUGAGUGGAAUGAUGAGAGCACUCCAUGGAUGAAGGGAAUGUAUGAACGCUUCAACAAACUCAAGCAACAGAACCCCUCUCUAAAGACACUGCUAGCUGUGGGUGGAUGGAACAUGGGGUCCGCUCCAUUUACAAGAAUGGUGGCUACUGCUGCGGGUAGAAGGGAUUUCGCCACCUCUUCUGUACAAUUCCUUAAGAAGCACGGCUUUGAUGGUCUGGAUAUAGAUUGGGAAUACCCUGCAAACAGAGGAAGUCCCCCACAAGACAAACAAAACUAUGUAGAGUUGAUGAAGAUCCUUCACGAAACACUCUCACCCCAGGGUUUAAUGUUGACAUGUGCUGUGCCUGCAGGAAAGAGUAAUAUCGACACCGGAUAUGACGUCCCUGCCGUUUCCAAAUAUGUGGAUGAGAUUAACUUGAUGACAUACGACUUACACGGAGGAGGCUGGGAGGAUAAAACCAAUCACAAUGCUCCUCUGAAAGCUCAUCCCCAGGAGACCGGAAAUGAAACAUAUCUUAAUGUCGAAUGGGCAGUAAACUACUGGCUGCAGAAGGGAGCCCCAGCUGACAAGUUGAACGUAGGAUUGCCACUCUAUGGACGUUCCUUCACACUCGCCAGUGCCAGCAACAAUGGACUGUUCGCUCCUGACAGAGGCAAUGGCGGACAGGCUGGAAGAUACACCAGGGAGGCGGGAUUUCUGGCUUACUACGAGAUUUGUGAGAUGCUGAAAAGUGGAGGUACACGUCAUUGGAUUCCUGAAAUGGAGGUACCUUAUGUCGUCAAAGGUGAUCAGUGGAUUGGCUACGAUGACCCACAAAGCUUGAAAUAUAAGGUUGACUUUGUCAAAAGUAAAGGUGUCGGUGGUAUCAUGGUUUGGGCUUUGGAUCUCGAUGAUUUUAGCGGAAGUUGUGGAAAUGGGAAGUACCCUCUCCUUCGUGCUAUCAAUGACGAAUUGAAGGCUGGACAACCUCAACAAUUGACUAAUGCCCCAACAACUGCUGGUCCAACAAUGGCACCCGUCAAAACCACACAGCCACCACAUCACCAGACUACCCACGUCAAUAAUCAUCCUACCAAGGCCCCAGCCACCACUACUACUUCAUCUGUCAAAACUACUCAUCACAUCGGAUCGACUAGUCGCUUUGACUGUACUGGAAGAGUUAGUGGUUUCUAUGCCGAUCCAAGUUCCUGCACACAGUACUUCAUUUGUGCUGGUACCCAAAGUUUCGAGGUGUCCUGUGCUUCUGGACUUUUGUUCAAUGAAGCCACCAAAUACUGUGAUUGGUCAUACAAUGUGAAUUGCAAGGUCCAGCAGCAAGCACACCAAACAACUCAAGCUCCUGUUCCAACCAAUCCACCAAAGACGACGCAUGCGCAUGCACAUGUGACAAAAACAACCACCCAGGCACCGGUUCCGACCACACAUGCUCAAAAUAUUCCAAAUAUUGGUGUUGAUGCUAACGCCUUCUGUAGUAGCCGGGCGGACGGUCACUACAGGGAUCCAUCGGACUGUGGUAUGUUCUACCAAUGUGCCAUGAAUCUAGGAUUCCACGAGCCCUGUCCCCCAGGCACGGUCUUCAACGAAGCCAUCAUAGCCUGUGACUACCCAUUCAAAGUUCCUGAAUGCAAAAAUUACCAGCCAUAGAAGGGCGACCUGUAGAAAAGGACUUUUGUACUUGAAGAGACAUUAUUUUUUCUGAUUUUCUCUCAGAGA